AUCCCGUCGCCGGCGGUAAAGCGCCAUGAACGCGCCUCAGAAGAAGAAGCUCCCAGCGUGCACCGCGGUGCCGCGGCUCUUUUGUUGCCGGAAACCUCGCGGAGACGAUGCAGUCACGUCCCGAAGUCGAGAGUGGAGACGCGUCCGCUCGGGACCCCCCCGGCCUGCCGGACCUGGCCGCCGACCGGCUCUUUAACGGCUCCACCGCCGCCUCCAGGUUCCUGAGGGCCGAGCUGGAGCUGAACGCGCGCUUGCGGACGCUGACGUUUGGGAAACCGGUGCGGUACACCUACAACCCGCUGGAGUACGCCUGGGACACGCAUCGCUGUUACGUGGAGAAAUACUGCCAGGAGGGCCAGAGCGUCCUCUUUCUGGGCAUGAACCCAGGGCCGUUCGGCAUGGCACAGACAGGGGUGCCGUUCGGCGAGGUGAAGGCCGUGCGCGGCUGGCUGCAGAUCACCGGAGCGGUGGGCCGUCCGCCGGAGGAGCAUCCCAAGAGACGGAUCGCGGGCCUGGAGUGCACUCAGAGCGAAGUGAGCGGAGCCCGCUUCUGGGGCUUCUUCCGAGAGCUCUGCGGGGAGACGCACAACUUCUUCCGCCACUGUUUCGUGCACAACCUGUGCCCCCUCAUCUUCAUGAGCGAGUCGGGGAAGAACCUGACCCCGCCGGAGCUCGCGGCCGCCGAGCGCGACGCCCUGCUGUCCUGCUGCGACGGCGCUCUCUGUCAGGCGGUCGGCGCGCUCGGGGUCUCCAUGGUGAUCGGGGUGGGCAGGCUGGCCGAGCAGCGCGCUCGACGGGCCCUCGCUGGGGCCGGCCUCGACGUGAGGGUGGAGGGGAUCAUGCAUCCGUCCCCCAGGAACCCGCUGGCUAAUAAAGGAUGGGCUGCCGUAGCCAGAGACAAACUAGAUCGUCUGGGGGUGUUAGCUUUACUGACCAGCGCCGGCUGAUGAUAAACCGCAUGAACAUCAACUUUAUUUUAACCUUUAACCAGUACUUUAUCACACAGGUAUUAUUUAUUUGUGGUAAUUAUAUUUUAUAUCAUUUGUUUUUUAUUAGCAGAGGAUCUUUUUGUCUGUAUUUUAUUUUGUGGAGAUAACACUGUAGAUAUUACUGUAUAUUAGUCUCUGAUUAUAACACUAAGGUAGCCACGUCUUUGCCGUCGAGUGAUUUUUUUUUGUCGUUGUUUCGUGAGAUGAACGUAUAGACUCGUAUCUAUAGAAUCCCGUCUCACGCUCAGCACCAUCCUUUCAUUUCGUGUUCUUCUCUUAACAGAAGUGUUUUCUAGAAAUACUUGCUUGGACUUUUUAAUGGACAUGUAUAAACAUUCAUGCUCGUAUUCACAGAGUGUUGGAUUUUUUACUUGAGUACUAAUAUACUUAAAAUAUAUAGAGCUCACACUAAGCGUGCUUCUAAUGCGUUAACAUAUAUACACUCGAGACUUAAUUCAUCUUUGUGUGGAGUACUGCUUGUGCACAAGUCACAGUAUUAACGUUAAGAUUAAAACUACGUGAUCUUUGAUCAA